GCGCCGCGGCGGCCCGAGGGGGGGGCGGGGAGGGGGCAACAUGGCGGCUCCGUAUUAACUUCCCCCCCUCGGCAGCCCGCGCUGCCGCCGCUCUCCCCCGCUCUCUCUGCCCAAGCCCUGAUAUGCCGGGUAUGAUGGAGAAGGGAGCGGAGCUCUUGGGGGCCAAGAGCCGGGCAGCCCCCAACGGCACCAAGAGCAGCAGCCCCUCCAACGGGCACUACUCGGAGCCGGAGAGCGGCGGCGGUGACAGUGGCGACGAGCACGAUGUAGGAAUGAGGGUCGGAGCGGAAUACCAGGCGCGCAUUCCUGACUUCGAGCCCGGUGCCACAAAAUAUACUGAUAAAGAUAAUGGAGGGAUGCUUGUAUGGUCUCCAUAUCAUAAUAUUCCAGAUGCCAAGUUGGAUGAAUAUAUAGCAAUAGCAAAGGAAAAACAUGGAUACAAUGUGGAACAGGCUCUCGGCAUGUUGUUCUGGCACAAACACAAUAUUGAGAAGUCCCUUGCAGAUCUCCCUAACUUCACUCCUUUCCCUGAUGAAUGGACAGUUGAAGAUAAAGUCCUAUUUGAACAAGCAUUUAGCUUCCAUGGAAAGAGCUUUCACAGGAUCCAGCAAAUGCUUCCAGACAAGACUAUUGCAAGCCUUGUAAAAUAUUACUAUUCUUGGAAAAAAACUCGCUCUAGGACAAGUUUGAUGGAUCGACAGGCUCGAAAACUAGCUAAUAGAAAUAAUCAAGGUGACAGUGAUGAUGACGUGGAAGAAGCUCAUCCAAUGGAUGGAAAUGAUAGUGAUUAUGAUCCCAAAAAAGAAGCCAAAAAGGAGGGCAAUAACGAGCAGCCUGUUCAGACCAGCAAAAUAGGUCUGGGUAGAAGAGAGUAUCAGAGCUUGCAGCAUCGCCACCAUUCUCAGCGUUCCAAAUGUCGUCCACCAAAAGGCAUGUACCUGACCCAGGAAGAUGUGAUAGCUGUUUCCUGUAGUCCCAAUGCAGCCAACACAAUUCUUAGACAGCUGGAUAUGGAACUAAUCUCGUUAAAGCGACAGGUUCAAAAUGCUAAGCAAGUAAACAGUGCACUUAAACAGAAAAUGGAAGGCGGGAUUGAAGAAUUCAAACCUCCUGAGUCUAAUCAGAAAAUCAAUGCCCGUUGGACCACAGAAGAGCAGCUUCUUGCAGUACAAGGUGUCCGAAAAUAUGGUAAAGAUUUUCAAGCUAUUGCAGAUGUAAUUGGCAACAAGACUGUUGGCCAAGUGAAGAACUUCUUUGUAAACUACAGGCGUCGGUUUAACUUAGAGGAGGUAUUGCAGGAAUGGGAAGCGGAACAAGGAACCCUGGCUUCUAAUGGUGAUGCUUCUGCUUUAGGGGAGGACACAAAAAAUACUUCUAAUGUGCCAUCAGGAAAGAGCACUGAUGAAGAAGAUGAGGCACAAAGCACUCCGGCCACUCAGUGUUUAGGCCCUUCACCUCCAGCACAGGCAUCUGCUCCAGCACCUACCGCUCCCAUGGCAACUUUAAAUCAGCCGCCCCCGUUACUUCGUCCGGCGCUUCCUGCUGCUCCUGCUCUCCAUCGCCAGCCUCCGCCACUUCAACAGCAGGCGCGAUUUAUUCAGCCAAGGCCGACUCUAAAUCAGCCUCCCCCACCGCUCAUCCGCCCAGCUAAUUCCAUGCCUCCUCGUCUAAACCCAAGGCCAGUGUUAACCACGGUUAGCGGCCAGCAGCCACCCUCGCUUAUUGGAAUUCAGACAGAAUCUCAGUCCACUCUGCACUGAAGAAAUAAAGCAGAAUUAUGCUAACUCCUACAUUUGAAAAAUUGUAUCAAUGUACUUUUUUUUUUUUUCCAAAUAAUGAAGGGGAGAAAAGAGCAAGCCUUCACAGGUAUCAGACCAGUUUUACAGAGGAGCAAGCCAAUAACUAGAAACAGAACCACGUGAAUGACCACCUGUAUAAAAAUAUUUUUAUGUCGAAGACUUGUACAGCAGAACACGACCUACAAUACAGCCCUCCUCUACAUGAAUAACUGUUGAAGGAAGCUAACUUCUUAAAUGAAUAAAUGUUCAACACACCAAGAUUUUGUUUAACUGAUUUUUACUCUAUUUAUUUUAUUACAGUCCUUUGUAGUCAAGCAUCUAACUACAGGAAAGUAGUCUGGCAAAUCUAGGAAUAGGUAAUAUUGUAGGAGACUUAAAUGUAGCGUUGGGAUUUUGUGUGUGUGAAUUAUUAUUGGGUUUUUUUGUGGCUUUGUUUUUGUUUUUGGUUUUUUUUUUACUUUUUAGUGCAAAUAAAUAAUGGCCUUAGAUUCAGAAUUUUUGGCCCUGUUUAGAUAACAGUAGAAGCAUUUCACGCACUUGUAAAAUGUAGGUGUUUCUUCUCUUCGUGUUUUUCCCAGAACACUUUUUCUUGUUUAAAAAGGUACUGUCUUAUUAAAUACUCCUCUGAAAGAGUAUUCUGAAGACUCAAUGAGCUAUUGUACCAAACUUAGUAAAUCUCACACAUGUUCUACUCAUAGAAGUUAACUGAAAACAGGAGUCCAGUUUCCUGCUGCAAUAUCUCGUGUGGGCUGGGGUGGAGAGAGGGACAGAAACUUCUACUACCCAGGGGGAUGACAGGAGAGGAACCAUAUAGCAAGAACCAUUAACUUAAUUUGUUAUUCCACUAAUUCUUCUAAUUUAAGUACAGUAGAAUUUCAUUCCUCGGAGAAUGGCUGUGUGCAGUUUGUGUAUAUUAGAUCAUUGAUACCUUCCCUAAGAAUUCAUGAGGGAAAUACAGAGGCUGAUGGUGGUAAUAGAAUAUUGUGGCAGUGGAGUUACCUGCUGCCAGCCCAGUCUUGCUGUUAAAUGAUUAUCUCUGAUUUCUGGCAAAGUUGAUUAGCUGGGUUGAGGCUAUUGGGGGUGGGGGGGCAGUGUUUAAUUUGUUUUAUUAAAUAAGUAAAAUCUACAUUUCGGUAUUAAAAAUUGCUUCCAAAUUUUAGGAGAUUGAAAAGUUUUCUUUCCACUGCAUUCUUGUCUGAAACCUUGAUUUAUGCCCAGCGGUGUUUGGGGAGUGGGAGGGGUUAGUGGGGUUUGGUUUGGUUUUUUUUUUUUAAUUAUUAUUUUAAAAAGUAGAUGCCUCUAUCCUCCAAGUAAACCAGGCUGCAAAUUUGAGUAGCACUGUUUGAAACUGUGUGACCUGAAUCAAGGUAUUGAAAAAUAUUGCAUUCUUGACUAUGUAAUAACAUUCAUGUCAACUGCCAUACUAUUUAGAAAAUCAGUUUUGCUUAUAGCUGAAAUGGUGUUUGAAAAUCCUUUUAAAUCCAUUCUGUUAUUAACUAGAUUUGCCCUUGACUAAAAUGAGACUUUAUUUGAAAAUGGAAUGUGCUCUCCCUAGGCUUUUUCACAGAUAAAUUGGAUGGUCUAACAAUCAGUUUAGGAGCUGGCUAAGGUCUUUUUUUAUGUGCAAAGGGAAGUUCUUACAGCAUCAGAUCCUAUUUCAUUUGUAAAUCUAGUAUUAAAGUUUGAUAGUUGUGGCCUGAAUUGCCAUAAAGGUGUUUACCUUUAUGGUUUAGUUCUUCAUUUUAAAAUAUUUUCAGAUCAAACUUGAGAGGUUUUCCUUUCCAAACAGCUUUCCCUGGUGUGCUGAGGUCUUGUACAAAAGGUCCUCCUUAGAAAUUUUCUUUUGCAUCGGGGUAGAUGCUUAGCCACUCCGUGAGCAUCAGAUGACCUCAUCUAAGAAAAGCAGCAUUGUAAAGCGAGCACCGAGGAGUCUGUGGUCACUGAAACUUGUGUUCUUGGAGUCAUAAGUGUCCCCUCACCAGCUACACACAAAUCUGGCUGCUUUCCAGACUUUAAAACUGAUAUGAAACCAACCUGGUACAUUUUGACAUCCUAAGUAUCUCAAUUUAAUUGUUAACAGUGAUAAGAUCCAUCUUCAGGAUUUCUUUUUUCUUUUUCUUUUUUUUUUUUGCAUUGAGUCUCCCAGGUGUGUGUAUUGUACCUUUGCUAAUUUUUGUCUUGUCUCUUGUCGAUAGACUUCAGUAUGCAGAAUGUUGGGUGUUGCAGUACAGUUGGCCACCACCAACUGCUGUAAAACUGUUCAGUACAUUGUAAUUCCGUUUAAUCUUGUUUAAAUAUUCUAUAACUGGGCAAAGGUGCUGUAUUUGAAGGGGGGAGGGUCAGAGAUGGGUAGUAUUUCUUAAUUUACAUACACUGUAGCACACAGUAGGGAACUCCUAGCAUUUGUAGUACUAAGUAAGUAUGUACAUAGCAAAAUGUCUUUAUUGUGUGCUUUGCAGAAUAUGUGCAUACAGUUUGCACGUCCUGUUUUGGGGGGUAGGGUUUGUUUUAAGCAGUGUUUGCCUGGAGAGUGAUAUGCUUGCUGCUUAAUCAAAGGAUUAAAGUUUCAAAGAAAUCUGUGUCUUCUAUUUUUAUGUACCUUGUAAUGGUCUAAUAUGUUAGGGCCCUUAUACUGUGAUUCUCUUCUAAAUUCAUUUAUAUUUUUUUAAGAAUUAGAAAUAAAAUUAUACAAUGGUGUUGAUUUCAGUGGGGAAUUUCUUUUGCCAUAUCUAGUCUCCUGUUUUGUAAUGUAGUAAUGAACUCUGACUUCAAGGUUGGCUUAAUUUUGUCACUUUAAAAGAUGUAAAAUGUUUGCACACUAAAGUUUGGCAGAGAACGUGUAUCCUACAUUGUUCAAAGCUAAUGUAACUCUACAGCUUUUUGUACAGUUUAUUUUAGUUAAUAAAGCAAAUCGGUACUAAAAAAUGACAGAUUUUACAAAUGCAAGGCAUAAUCUGAAUGACGUCUUCUAGGAACAGCACUUGCAAAAUCUGGAUGUACAAGAGCUAUCAGAUUUAAUUGUUGCACUUUAAAUCAGAAUGGGUAUGAAGUUAAGCAGGUAUUUCUGCAUUAAUAAAACAAUCACUAAACUUUGCA